AUGAUCAAGGCAACCUUACUGCAGCCUUGUCUCCAACCUCAGUCAAACUACACAGGGCCUGGCAAAAUAAACCAAAAUCCGCACAGUGGUAAGAAGCCCAGCUGUGGAGAAGGCUAUGGUUGUUUGGGGAGGCAGCAAGGGAAGGAGAAAGAAAGCAAUCCAGUUGGAAGGAGAUCCGAUACAAGGGACCAAGAGACAAAAGAGUCCACAAGAGAGAAUUUCCUACAGGAACCCUGCAGAAUCAAUGGAGAGUUACUACCACUCAAAACAGAUGGUAGUAGAUUGGUACCCAGCAAUGAGCACCCUGUAACAAGAGACUCUCUAAGGCCUACUUCAGGCCUACUCCGUUCUGAGCCUAGCAACAGAAGUGACCAAAGCCAAGAAUGGAAAGUGGUGAAAGUUAAACGAGUCCUUAUUUCUCCUGUUGGUGAACCUCGAAAAGCAAAUAUUUCAAGAAGUGCAAGCCUUUCUGAGAAAGAGCUGAAGGAAGCAAAAGCCAGGAGCCAGAGAAUUGCUGCCCAGUUGACAACCCCACCUAAUUCUAACUCCAAAGGUGUGCUGUUGUUUCACAGACGCAAGCAGCGAGUGAAUGCAUUUACCUUAGAGAACACAAAGGGAAGCAGGGAACAAGCAGCUUCGGAGGUCUGCCCCAAAGCUAUUCACCACAUCAUUCCAAGCCAUGGGAAAGAGCUCCAUUUGAAGGAGACCUUAAGGGACAACAGAGAGCUGAAAGGAUUUUCCUGCAUCAAAGAUUCUGGGUUGUGGGCACAAAAAGGCAGCAUGGAGAAACAUGAGGAGAGCCUGGCUAUGGGGGCCCCUCAGAGGAAUAAAGUAAAAAAUGAGGAGUCUGUUUCUGCAACCGACACAGCAUUAUCUUCUGAGGAGAUUCUAGCAGAAGACUUUCAACAAAUCCCUCUCAGUGUGUACCUAAAAGAGAAUACACAGACUGCCUCAACUAAUGGAGUGCAUGAACCUACCACCAAUGAGCUUGAAAAGAUGCCUGUUAUUGAACACAUGCCAGUUAUUGACAACGUGGAAAACAUACCACCUAUUGCUGAUGAGGAACUGCACCGGCCUGGCACUGAUAGAGAGAAUAAUAGUUCCACUCCUGAAAAGGAGCAGUAUACACUGCAGACAGACAGGGAAAAUAAUGUUAUUGAUAAAAAGCCAUAUUUACCACUUAUUAGUAGUGAGAAUAACAACAGUGCCCUUGACAAGGAAUUGUAUAUACCUGUUAUUGACAGGGAGAAUAACGUUCUUGACGAGGCAUUGAGCGAAACAAUUUUCGACAGAAAGGAGAAUGGAGAGAUUCUUAACAAGGAGCGGGAUAUGGCAGUUAUUGAGAAUGAGAAAAAUCUCCCCACUACGGACACAGAGAAAUCCAUUCUAAUUACGGACAGCCAGCCCAAGGACACUCCAACUCAUAAUAAUAAGCAGUACUGUGAAGUACGCCUGACUUUGUCCAAGCCAAUGCCUGUGAAGAACAGAACAGCAAGACCCUUUGGGACUCAGUCGUUAGUUACAACUCAUACACCAGGAGAGGAAAGCCCUGUGGUGGAACUUCCUCCACCACCCACCUAUGCAGAAACAUUUUCCAGUCCUCCUCCAGUAACUAGAGUCAGGUCACCUCCAGCCUAUUCAGCUCUGUACCCUGGCGAAGGGCAGAAAGCCUCUGUUCCACAAGUGGUUAACUAUGAAGACAGCAGACCAGGACCCCCAUCUGAAGGAGACCAAGCACCACUUCCAACUAAAUCAGGCCUUCUGGAGGAGUCCAUUGGCCGCAGGGCAGCCAAAAAAUCCAUGUUUACCUUUGUGGAAAAGCCAAAAGUGGCUCCGAAUCCCGAUCUCUUGAAUUUAGUCCAGAGAGCAGAUAAUAGAAAAAAACAAGGAGGAAGAACAGUACCUGAGGAUGAGCCAUUUGCUCUGGGAGCAGAGGCCUCUAACUUUCUACCUGAGAACACAUUAGACGGCCCAGCCCAAGCUACUGCAGAUAAUGCUCCUGAAUGGUCUUCAUGUCUGAGGUCACCAAGAAUACAACCCAAACCUAAGAUCAAAUCUAACCAAAACCUAACAGAGGCAAGAGGAAAGGGAGCAGAAUUAUUUGCCAGGAGACAGACAAGGAUGCAAAAGUACAUCAUAGAGUCCUCAUCACACGCUGAUGUAGUCAGGUCACCUUCACCUACUAUUUCCCUCCCUCCCUCCUGGAAAUAUGCUUCAGAGACUCACCUGUCCCCCAUGGCAUUCCAGCCUUUGCCCAAAAGUCCAGUAAGAUCUCCAAGAGCUCCCCCUCCUGUACCUUUGUACAACAGCAGCAUGACAGAGAGUGAGAUUUCCAAAAAGGAGCUGGAAAUUUCCAAGCAGCAGCCAUACCAGCUCCAAUCUUCCUUGUUUAUUCUUUCCCCAGCCAAAGAUCCAAUGAGAUCUUUACCAAGAGCGGCCCCGCCACCAAAACCUGUGGUUCCUGAACCCAGCUAUAUGAGACAGGCUUCCUGCCCGACAUCUCCCUUGCCACCUUCUCCUGUUUUGUAUCUACCUGUCCAGUCAAGUCCAAGCAGACCUUUACCUGGCCAUUUUGCUCCAUCUCCUGGAACUGUAUUUGCACCUCAGAAUAUCACAACUGCUGGAGCACCAACAGACACGUCCGUUGAAUAUUCCUCCAGAAUUUUGUCUCCAAGAGCUAAAGGGAUCUACCAAGCUCCAAGGCCUUCUUAUUCCACCAAGGAUGCAGGAAUUGAGCCUCAGGAAAGAAGAGUGUCCCUCCCUGCUUCCCCAACGUGGAUUCCACAACUGGCCCGACAGCCUAACAGUUUAGAUGGUUGGAUGAGCCCAGCCCAAACACCAGAACCUGAGGAAGGACACAUGGAGGCCUUUCAAGCAGCCAUUGCCAUGACCCCACCUCCUAUGUCUCCCUCAUGGAGUGAAAGGUCUCUGUCCCCAUUUCGGCAGGAGACAGAUCCCAAGUCUAGCCGUCAGAUGCAAGUAAUGCUGGCCAGAAACAUCAUUAAUGCUGCCAGGAGGAAGAGCUCUUCUCCUAAGGCCACAGGAAUAGACAGCUUCAGGCCUUUCACUCCCCCUGCCUCUUCUGCCAAUGUGUCAUACUCAGGCGGCAGUCCCAAGAACCCAAGUGCUUAUACCUCAAGCCCACUGCAAUCUCCCAAGCCAACAAGAAUGGAAGGAUACACACAUGUCUCCCUCCCCGUCACAUCCGCUGCACCACCACAAGUCCGUGCAUCAUCAAACAAUAGCCCCAGAUUAAUGGGCAGCCAUUCCCCCAUUUAUAAAAGCCCACUACAAUCUCCAAAAGCGGUGCGGAUGAAUGGGAACAAGUACUUCACAUUGCCUGCCAGCAGUGGGGCAUCAGUGUUCAAUUCAGCAUCCAGUAACGGACCAAGAACAAUGGGCAACCAUUCUAUGACCUACAGGGAUCCAGCACCAUCUCCCAAACCCUCAAUCAUGGAUACUCACAGGAUCUUCACACCACCAGCAAGUGCAACCAGAAAAUCAUCAUGUACUAGUCCUAAGAAUCUGGACAACUGUUCCCCAACCAUCAAAAGUCCCUUGCCGUCUCCCAUGAUGGGAGCACAUUAUCCAGUGAAGCGCUAUACCACUAGUUCACCUACCAACUCAGAUGUGUCCAUUGACUCUGAAGACUCUGGGAUCAAGUCACCUAGUAUCCGCAGCUUCAACAUUUGUCCCCGCGGCUGGAAUGGAAGCUUGAGGCUGAAGCGAGGUAGCUUGCCUGCAGAAGCACCCUGUACCUCCUAAACUUGGGAUAAGAGAAGUUAGCUGGGAAAUAGAUGAGAUCUGUUAUUAAAUAUUUCUAUAGCACUACA